AAUUAGAGAAUGGAGAUUAAAAAAACAAAUGAAAAGAAAGGAUGUGGAGAAGAUGGCUGUAGUGGAAAUCAUGUUGACCCCAACAGUAUCUCCUCCGACGUCACCUUUUAUUCCUUCACCCCUCCCGAGUCUUUUACCAUUUCUCGCCUUUUUUUCUUUUAUUUUCUCUCUGAGUUUCCCUCUGCCUCUCUGUUAUUCUAAUCGUUUUGUUUCAGUUUUUGCUGAUUCGAUGGAUUCUUGGAGCUACGGGAGAAGCGUUUUCUUGGCUAAUGGGUCAGAUUCUUUUGCCGAGAACCAAAGAUUCAUCCCUGGAUUUGAACAGGGUCUCUCUCCUGGAUUUGUGGAUUCUUCUUCCUCUUGUGUUGCUGAAGAGAACCAAUCUUCCAACUUGUCUAGGAUAGAUUUCAAACUCAGGAGCUUUAUGGAUUACGGGAACCACCACCAUGACGGUACUUCCUCCUCCCUCCAGGCUAAAAAGACUCUGAGAGCUGCUUGCUCUCAGAGUCCCUUGUGUCAAGUCUAUGGGUGCAAUAUGGAUCUCAGCUUCUCUAAAGAUUACCACAAAAGGCAUAGAGUCUGCGAGGCUCAUUCAAAGACUUCUGUGGUUAUAGUUAGCGGUACUGAACAGAGGUUUUGUCAACAGUGCAGCAGGUUUCAUUUCCUCUCAGAGUUUGAUGAUGGGAAGAGAAGUUGCAGAAGACGUUUAGCUGGUCACAAUGAGCGAAGAAGGAAGCCUUCUUUCUAUUUCUUACCUGGUAAGCGGCAUAAGCUUCUUCCUCAAGAGUCGUUUCCUGGUAGUUUCUUGUACAGAGUAGUGGAUGAGCACGACCACCACCGUCCAAGUAGACUCGUGAGUUUCAAAGAUGAACCUAAACAAGAGUCUGGUGUAUCUUAUAUUUGGGACUUGCAAGAGGCCGUGCCGCCGCCGCCGCGCUCUACUUGUGCUCUCUCUCUUCUGUCAGCUCAGUCCCAACCUGAAACUAAUCCAAACAAAAGUUUCUCAAUCACUCAACCAAACCAAAGUUUUAAUCACUCUACAGUAGACUACUAUCAUCAGAUGCAACCGUUGAGGAUCGAUCCUGGCAAGAAGACCAAAUCUGUUACUAGUUCUAGUUCAUGUAAUGGAAACGGAUCAUCCACGGUUGAUCUAGUGCAACUGUCAUCGCAUCUUCAGAGAAUCCAGCAACAACAGAGGACUUUCACUGAUGAGGUGAAGCAGGAAUAUAAUGAGUUUUAUUUCCCCUCCUAGCUCCUAAAAUAAUGUUUCUUCAAAGUGUUUUUUUGCACAAGGAGCUAAGGCUGCUUGGUUUGGUUUGAUUAGUUUGUGGUAUUGGUUUGGUGAUUACUGGAUUGGUGAGAUGGUUAGAUUAGGGGAAUGUCUGGUUACAACUUACAAAUGUUUUUUUUUUGUAACUGAUACUUGUUUACUCUAUAUAUGCCUGCUUCCUUUGCAA